CCCGUCGAAAUUUUACCGUUUCUAUAUUUGGGUUGUGCUGAGCAUUCUUCCUCCAAAUCUGUUUUAGAAGAAUUGAAUAUAACGGCUAUACUCAAUGUAACCAAGAAUUGUCCGAAUUAUUUCGAGGAUUCACUCGAUUAUAAAAAUAUUCCUAUUGAUGACUCUCUUAAUGCUGAUAUUCAGAAAUGGUUCGAUGAUGCUGUUGGUUUUAUUGCUAAGGUCAGAAGUUUACACGGCAAGGUAUUAGUUCACUGCGUUGGAGGAGUAUCACGCUCUGCCACUAUUUGCAUCGCCUACUUAGUGCAUGCAUACAGUUACUCUGUUAAUCAAGCUUAUGAUUAUGUAAAGAAAAAGAGACCUAUUAUAUCUCCAAAUUUAAAUUUUAUGGGUCAAUUAAUGGCUUAUCAGAGUAGG